AUGUGGCACAGCUCGGUAACCAAUGAGAUACCCGCUGUAGUGUCUCGUGAUCCUUCCAAGGACUGCAAGAGUCCGUCAAGGCGACAUGACAUUGAUGGUAUUUGGCAAAAGCAGAUCAGAAGCACAGCGUUCUCCGUCUCGUUCAAUGCCAACGACUCCAAAGUCUUUGUAACGUUGAAAGGGAAUGGGAAUGUCAAGCAGGCAGUCCUUACCUUUUCGACCCGGGACGGAGAACAGCUUGAUUCGCUCUGCAUUAUCGAAGACAGAUCUGACUCCGACUCCGACGAUCAUCACGAAAGCCUCGACAGAUUUUGCCCAGAGGUUGUCCGCUUCUCCCCCUUUCUCGGCUACGCAGCUGUCACGUAUCGCAGUUCCCACCUGACUCUCUUCGAUCUUAACGAGGAAGACAAGCUCGAGAGAUUAUUUCGCAUAGAGAAGAGGGGCUCCGAAAAGUUACGUCCACCCCAAAUUCUGGAUGUUGUCUUCAACCCCGCAAUAGAAUCUGGCCUGAUGGCCGUCGCAUACCAAGAUGGGGAUAUCAUUGUGGUUCACUUUGAUGAAGACCGGUGGUACCAGGUCGGCUCGGUCAGUCUGCACUCGCGAGUGCUCGCCAGCUCGCCGGAUGGCAUGAUCCUGGCGGCCGGAGAUACCGAAGGAGGAGUGUCGCUCUUCAACUUCGACUCUCUUCAGUUGUUACAUCGACUUGAACUCCUUGAAGAGACUGUGGUUGGCAUCAUAUUCUCCUCCAACACCCUCAGGCUCUACGAUGUCCGGGGGCGUUCUUGCAACGUCUGGGAGCCUUCUGUUCUACUUAGGCAGAAUGCGACCGACGAUACGUCCAGCGACCAAGAUGACAUCCCAGACGAAAACAAUCUUCAAAGAUCUGUUACCAGGCCUUUUGAUGAGGCCAAGUUUGUUACUGUAUUGACACCCAUGGGUGAUGACAAACAUGUUUUCUGUGGUAGAGAAGACGGGUCCGUCUCGAUUCACGAUGUUAAAGACGGACAGAAGAUUGUCGAGUUCAAGCAUCACUCCGCAAGCAUUCGCGUAGUCGAGUGGAACCCGAAGGUCAAUCUCUUGAGCACUAUACGACCCUUCCGUUGGGAUGAUCUCAGAUCGAAUGCUUCUUCCUCCUCUAUCUCCAUGGUUCUGCCACCAGGUUUCAAGGAUACAACACUGACGAACAAAUGGUUUUCCCGUGUCGAGUUCAACACCAUGGUGCAAGCAAUCCAUCUACAAGCAGAAAACAAGAACACAUUCUUUCUGCUCACUAGUAGCAAUAUUCAUACUGCUUCCAAGCAAGUAUCCGUCUCGUGCACCGUCAGCAGUCUUCUCGGGAGCGUGAAGGCUAUUCUGGGGAUCACUCGUUCCGCAGUCAUAUUCUUGACACGGGGCGGGUGGAUCAGUUCUUUCAGUCUCAAAAGUUUUGAACGAGCGAAAUCAUAUACACAGCACCUCUUUAUUCCCUCUUUCUGGCGUACAGGCGAUCUUUUGAUACGGACGGUGUCCAAAGACAGUGUGGCUAUUGCAUACAGGGAUGAGAUCAUCAUUAUUCGAGGCUUCUUGGACUUUGACAAGAAAGUCGAGUGGCAGUAA